CAGCCAUUCUCAAGGGAAAAUGAGGAGGCUGGGAGAACAUAUGCCAAAAAGGGAAAAGGUAGUAAUGCAACUUGAGAGCUGCCUGUUGGAGCCUCGUCGCUAUAUAACCUAAGCCGCCCUCAACCUCUCUCUACCUUGAACUCACCCUGCUGUUUCAAUUUCAUCAUCCUCAAAAUGACUAGCGCCGAAGAUCUAUUAUCAUCCCAGCCCUGUAGGUUCCUUUCACUCCCUCGAGAGAUUCGAGACGAGGUCUACUCCUGGCUUGUCCCUCAGCCGCCAGAUCAUCACCGACGAAUCUGGCUACAUCUGCCUCCAUCGCAGGACGAUGAACCACACUCCCCGGAGCCUACGGAAAGCAACAUGAUGGAGGCGCUUACUCUUGAGACCAAUGAAAAGGUUUCAUCAGCCAUUAUAGACGUCGAUGUUGAUCAAAAUCCGAAAUACAUCACAAGAUAUGCAGAAAGCGAUAUUGGGUCUGAUUGGACAUACGAAUCUUCUUUGUAUGCUAGCAGCGUUUCAGAGUCCGAUCUGCAUGAGCCUAGCUCUGACCAUGACGAGUCGGGCUCUGACGAGUCUGGCUCCGACAACGAGAAUCUAGACGCGGAGUUCAAGCUACCUAAAAGGCACACAGAAGCUAGUGAUGGACCCAUAGUGACGGAAACCUGCAUUCUGGAUAUCCUCCUUAUCAACCGCCAAAUUCACCAUGAGUUCAUGGAGAGCUUCUCUCGGAAAGCCAACAUCUGGCUCUACGUCCGGAUGGAGAACACAGCCGAAGACCCAUGCACCUUCACUUUCGAUCCAAAAUUCUGGAAACUCCCAUAUCUUCGAAGCGUACGACGGCUCUUUAUCAUUGCGGAAUGGCACUCCCGCCUCGGGCGAAACAUGUGGGGAUACGUCUACGGGCCAGAUGACCACCCCUCUUUCGACAUCCACUACCCUGAAGAUCGCAACAGGGUCCAGCCUCUACCGCAGAAGGUCCCCUCGCGGCCACAACCACCCAACUACGUCUUUCCCUACACUGUGAACAACCUCGAAGCCGACGUGUAUCCGGAACAACCAGGGCCUGUGUAUCGAAGCGUGCAGAUUGAAGACCUCCCGCGACCAGUUACAGCGCACUACACCGACCGCCGCAACAUCGGACGAGAGCCACAUCCCACUCAACCGCGUUGCGACAUGGAUGCUCUCAAUGCCUUUUGCAAGGACGCCGCGUCCGCGUACGAGGAGCUCGGUGAUGUCGUUGAUAGCUUUCUUGAACGAACGAAGAACGUGACCGGACUCGAUAUCACGCUCAAAACCAACUGCUAUGAAUACGAUGGGUGGAACUUCCAUGACGGCGCCCAUGAGGAUACUAUCAUACGGUUCAGGCCGGCACAUCCCGGUGUCAAGUAUAUUGCGAAGACGAUUGUUCAAGAUGACGUGGUGGUGAGGCGGAGAGAGGAGACGUUCAUUGAGGGUGCGGGUUGGCAAUACUACCUGGGCGGAUCGCUUUUGGGGCAGAAGUCGCGGAUAGAGGAGCAGAAGUGGGAUUUCAAGGAGGAGGGGCCGUAUGUUAUGAAGAGGGAGGGCCCGGAUAGCGAGUGGACUGACUGGGAAAUUGACUAAGAGUACAAAGUGAAGUCUCGGUGUUACUCCUAGAGCGGUUUGAAUUCGUGAAUUUCGGGACAGCGUCAGCAGGGUGUACGCAGAUCAGCUGCAAUGCCUUGUCGUAGAAUAGAAUUUUGUACAAUCG